CCACUACCCAAAAGUCAACCCUUCUCUCUCUAUCUCCCCAAACUCAAAUAACAUUACACCCCUCCUUCUCCCUCUUCAUUUCAUCCUUCUCUCUCACUAGUUCUUCCCCAAAAAUCUAUCAAUAUUCAAUGAAAAACAACAAAAAUUGGGCAAUCUCAUAUUAAUUCUUUGUUUGAGAGCUGUUUUUGAUUUGAGAUUCAGGUCAAUUUUAUUGGGUUUUAAUCAAAAAUGGGUAAUGCUGCAGGGAAAUUAACUCCCUGUUUUUGCCCAGCAAGUAAUGUUGGAGAAAUUUCUCAAAGACAUGAUCUUUCUGUUGUAUAUAGUAAUCCAAUUCAAGAUGAAGGUUUAGGUCAUUCUUUCUGUUAUAUCCCUCCAUCUGAUCAUAAUCGAGCUCAAACUGUGUUCAAUGGAUCGACUUUAAUGGCAGAAACUAAAUCCCCAUUGUUCAAGACCAUUUCUGGUGCUUCUGUUAGUGCUAAUACUUCAACUCCUCUUUCAACUACACUGUUUCUAGAAGCUUCUUAUACUAUAGAUCGAGCUUCUUCUUUUGAAAGUUCAUCUUCUUUUGCUUCUGUUCCUUUACAGCCUAUUCCAAGGAAUUUGAUAAAUUCUGGUCCACUUCCUUUGAGUAGGUAUUCAGGUUCCGGUUCGGGUUUGAUUGAGAGAGGUUUCUUAUCAGGUCCUAUUGAAAGAGGGAUUCUUUCUGGUCCAAUUGAUCAACAAAGAAUUAAUCCAAACUUGGAAAGGAUUAAGUCUAAGUAUGAGUUUAACAAAUGGGGAUCUAUCAAAGGGAUUAAAGAUUCUAUCUUGGGUGUUAUUUGGGGGAAUUGGAAUGGGUUUGAGAAUAAGAAAACAGGGUAUGAUUCCAUUAGGGAAUGUGUAAGUUAUCACAAUAAUGAAAGUGUUGGGAAAAGUAGUAGUAUUGUGAGUUUUAGCUGUCAAAUGAGCUUAGGAGAUGAGAAUGAAAUUGAGAAUAAUGGGAAUGGGAAUGGUUCAUCAAUGGGAUUGGGAAUGGGAAUCAUGGAAUCUCCAAAUAUUCAAUGGGCACAAGGAAAAGCAGGGGAAGAUAGAGUUCAUGUAGUGAUAUCAGAAGAUCACGGAUGGGUUUUUGUAGGGAUUUAUGAUGGUUUUAAUGGUCCAGAUGCUCCUGAUUUUUUGCUGUCUAAUCUGUAUUCAGCUGUUCAUCAAGAGCUUAAGAGUUUGCUCCAUGAUAGUAGAUCUGAAUCGGAAUCGGUUUCGGCCUCAGCCUCAAAUCAAUCCACAAUCUCAAAAGAUUCUAGUGUUGGAAUCAACCAUGUCGAUGAAGAUGUCAAUGAUUCUUUGAGAAGAGAUAGUGGAUUGGAUUGUAGUUGUUCUUGGUGUAUUAUUGAUGCACAUGAAGAAGCCAAUAUUGAUGAGGUAAAUAUCAAGAAAAAGCAAGUUUGUAGGAAUAGGAAUAGGAAUGAUAGCCAAAUAUUGGAGCUUGAUGAAAGAAUAAGGGAGAAACUUAAGCAAAUGGGUAUGAAUUGGCCACGGAAAACAACACAUUCUGAUGUUCUAAGAGCACUUUCCAAUGCCUUGAAGAAGACUGAGGAAGCUUAUUUAGAUGUUGCUGAUAAGAUGGUUAAGGAAAACCCUGAACUUUCUUUGAUGGGUUCUUGUGUUUUGGUUAUGUUGAUGAUUGGAGAAGAUGUUUACUUGAUGAAUGUUGGUGAUAGUCGGGCAGUUUUAGCCCAAAAUCCUGCUUCUGAUGCUCAUUUUUCUGAUGAUUUUCCUCACGUUUCUUCUCUUCAACUAACUGUGGAUCAUAAUACCCAUGUCAAACAGGAAGUUCAAAGAAUUAGAAAAGAACAUCCGAAUGAUCCCUGUGCAGUGGUAAAUGAUCGUGUUAAAGGGUCAUUGAAGAUCACUCGUGCUUUUGGUGCAGGAUUUCUCAAGCAGCCAAAAUGGAAUGAAGCUUUAUUGGAGAUGUUCAGAAUUGACUAUGUUGGUAACUCACCAUAUCUAACAUGUUCUCCAUCACUACACCAUCACAAAAUAAGCCUAAGAGACAAAUUUUUGAUCCUAUCUUCUGAUGGACUUUAUCAAUACUUCACCAAUGAAGAAGCUGUGUUGGAGGUCGAACUCUUCAUGGCCUCCACACCUGAGGGAGACCCUGCUCAACAUCUCAUCGAGGAGCUUUUGUUUCGUGCUGCUAAAAAAGCUGGAAUGGAUUUCUAUGAGUUGCUAGAAAUUCCACAAGGGGAACGUCGAAGGUACCAUGACGAUGUGUCUGUUAUUGUCAUAUCGUUAGAAGGAAGAAUAUGGCGUUCAUCUGUGUAAAUAGAGCCUUUUAAUAACUAAAACUUGCACACAUAGAGAUCAUGCACUAAUUUGUUGAUAAAUUCUCUUGCCAAUUUUGUUACAAAAUUCCCCCUUUCGCCAAGAAAAAAAAAAGGUUUAUUUGAUUGUGUAAUAUACUAUCUACAAUACAACAAUCAAAACAAAAUCAAGAAAGCUCAAUGUGAGUAUUUCAGUGUAUAGGAGUAUAUAAGUUACAAAAGCAAUUUUUCUCAUUACUUCACAUUCUUUUAUUUUUUUUUCUACCUUCCUUAUGUACAAAUUACUAUAUAUACUUUUUUCCUUCCCAAGCUAAGGAAAUAACAUUUAUUUUCAUCUAUUUUCU